CCCCGAGUGGCUGAAAGAACGUCUAUUUGGGGUCCUAAAGGGGACCGAAUUCGAGGGGGGACUCGAUACCUCAUGACACCGGAACGUUCGCCUCCCCGCUGCUUGAGUACCAAGAUGGCGGCCACCGCCGGAUCAGGCGUGAAAGUCCCUCGUAACUUCAGGCUACUGGAAGAGCUUGAAGAGGGUCAGAAGGGUGUUGGUGAUGGGACAGUGAGCUGGGGUCUUGAAGAUGAUGAGGACAUGACACUCACACGCUGGAGAGGAAUGAUCAUCGGACCCCCAAGGACAAUCUAUGAGAACAGGAUGUACAGCCUUAGAAUGGAAUGUGGACCAAGAUACCCAGAAACACCCCCUUUUGUUCGUUUUGUGACAAAGAUCAACUUGAAUGGAGUUCAUAACUCAAACGGUGUGGUUGACAUGAGAGCUGUGUCCUCACUGGCCAAGUGGCAGAAUUCCUACAGCAUUCGUGUGGUCCUGCAGGAGCUGCGACGGCUCAUGAUGUGCAAAGAAAACAUGAAGCUACCACAGCCCCCGGAGGGACAAAUCUACAGCAACUGAGCGCUUCUUUACCUUCAUUCAAACACAUUAACACAUUCAAGGCUGAGCAUUCCACCUUUUUUACUGGACUCAUGCCAGUAUUUUCUCUGACUGUACUUCUCUCGUUCCUGACCGCUCCCCCUAUGCUACAGCAGCCAGUUAGCAGUCCGGCCUUGGGAGCUCACAUUGGACAGAAACCAUGGAUGUAGUUAGUGCUGUGCACAGCAGAAUACUGUACAUCUUCCUAAUCUUUUUUUAAGUGUUUAUUUGUUAUACAUGCAAAUUGUAAAAAUAACAUAAAUGAUCAUAUUGAGUGUACUUUGUGUGCCUUGUUUUUCAAAAGUAAAAGCAACCAUCAUUCAAGACUAGAUCUUCUUGAAAAUGUCUUUGUGCUAUCAUGUGAGAUUCUUAAUUUUCAUUUUUUCUUUAAUUUGUUAUUACAGUUUUAAAGAUAUUAGAAACGAUAAAACUUGAUCUUGAGCAUUUAAGGAUGACUAUAGAACCUAAUAUCUUAUCUGUUUAGGGUAUCAUCUUAGUUACUGGUACAUUACCGGCUUUGCAGUUAUUUAUUUUUUUACAAAAAUGUUUUAACUAACCUUGUGAUAAAGACAGCUGUCGCACAAGGCCUGAAAAUGAGGAUAUGCACAAACACAAAACUAAAUCUGUAAAAGCUCAAGCCCAAAAUGUCUGUAUUUUUUAAUUAAUGCAUAGACAAACCUACAGAAACAUAAUAUAUGUAUAAUAAAAACAAAACUUAAUAGGAGAAAUAUGUGUAUUGGUAAAAACUAAUGUCAACAAGUGGCCUGAUUAAUAAAUGGUUAACACCGUGUCUACACCGGACACGACACAUGGCUUGUUUUAAUAGGAUUGUUGCGCCGCAUCCAGUGUGCACUAAAUUUAAAAUUAUAAUGGGCUCUAAUGCGUUAUAUUGUCUUUUGUCGCAUUGCACAGCGUCAGGUGUAGACACGGUGUAACACUUUGAUAAGGUUGUAUUUGUUAACAAUGCAUUAAUAACAAUGAACAAUACUUAAGUAAACUAACAAGAAAAAUUGUAUUUGCAUUAAAUAAUAUUAACAACAAUGAAUAAAUAU